CUGAAUUUCAAUUGUGCUUAGCAAUUAUAUUGAUAAUAGCGAACAGUUGUUUUACAACACUCUAUGCCAAUUUGGCAUAGGUCCGUGACAACAACGUUCGCCAUGAAAGGAAUAGCGACGCUCUUUCUCGUCACCACGUUGGCAACCAUAGCAUUAUCCGACGAAAUCACAAGGCAGAGAACCGUCGAUGAAUUGCUAGGCCCUACAGGAUACAUCAAAUCGCAGACGGCGUACAACGACGAAAAAGAAUUCGCCCAAGAACACAUUCACAGGAUUCAGAAAGUCUACGGAAAAUACAUCCAGACCAUGUGGCGAGCCAAGAUGAUGCAGAAGUUCGUAUGUGUCAGCAAACAUGUCAUGUAUGACUUUUUUAAACUGAAGAACCGUUUGUCAACGCUGAUCCUUGUGUACAUGAGCGUGAAGAAUAUUCCCGAUCAAGGAGAGUUGGGCUUGGAGAUCGAUACUGGGAGGGGGAAGCUGGUGGUUCCUCUAAACAAAGCAAAGUUUGAACAGCAUUUAUCAUCUUGGGAGAAGUUUAAAGGAUUUUUCUCUUGCGUGCAUCCCAAAGAGGGACGUAAGGAGGUGCUUCCCUGGCAGGACCUCAGGUUCUAUUUGAUAGAGUAUGGGAAGAGCAGAUUCGCUCCUGGGGUGGACAAACUCCCCAAAGUUUCCAGAGAUGAACGGGUGGUUAAGAUUUCUUUCCAAUAAAGCUUUGAAGAGUUAUUUGGCAA